AGAAGAAAAGGGCGGAAGUUGAUUUCUCCCCAGCACGGUACUAUAGUGAACAUCCAAAUAAAGACAAAAUGGACACGUCUGAGGAUCCGGUCAAGAAGAGCGGCAGCAAGACUCUACUGGUCCGACAUCUACCGGCCGAGCUGACUGAGGAUGAGAAGGAGGACCUGCUCAAGUAUUUUGGAGCCGAGUCCGUCAGAGUGUUCUCCAACUUUGGCCGCAUGAAACACGCAGCAUUUGCGGCCUUUCGCAGUGAAAAAGCUGCAGAAAAGGCUCUCACCCGGCUCCAUCAGUUGGAGAUUCUCAAUCGAAAGCUUAUCGUGGAGUUUGCAAGAGGCCAAGAUAAUAUCACCGUAUUGAAGGAUCCACCCGUAACGGACAGUAAGAAGUUUGACAAGGAAGCAAAGACCAAACGGGAAACGAAGCAGCCAAAUGUUCCUCUUAUAGAGACAGGCGUCGCUCCAAGUCUUGGGCUGAAGUAUCACCCAAAUCCCACCUUGAGAUAUUUGUACCCACCUCCUUCCAAUAUUGUUCUGACAAAUAUCACACACACCCUCAUGUGUGUGCCCAAGUUUUAUGUUCAAGUUCUGCAUUUGAUGAACAAGAUGAAUUUACCGUGUCCGUUUGGACCGGUCACACCAAGACCCCCUUUGUUUGAGACUCUGCCUGCCGCCCCACCCAUCCCCAUGCCUCCUCCGUUCCCCCCUGACCUCCCACCUACACCCGCCGAAGAGAUGGGCACGUCUGGGGAUGAAGAAUCCGAGUACGAGAGCGGAGACGAUGAAGACAAGGAGAGGAUUGCUCGCCUGAUGGGCCUGGUCAACCAGCCAUGCAAGAGACCCCUUAGACCAAAAACGUCUUCCAAGAGAAAAAAGCCCAAGAUCAAGGAUCUCCUCUACGUGACCAAACCUGACCUUCAAAGCGCUCCCGUCAUGCAGCCAUCAGACGUGUUUGAGCAGCCUAACCCAGCUGGAUCCAAGAAAAUAGAAUUCCACAUUUCAGUUCCAGAGGUGGCAGCCAGGGUGGAAGCAAGUACGCCUGGUCAGACGGAAGCCAUGGUGCGCCCUUCAGAAACAACUGAGAGCGAGGCCGCCAUCAACAACGGCACGGACGCUGUGGUCGGUUUCGGAAAGAUCUACCCCAGCACUCAGACGUCCCAGCAGAGCGAGGAGCACAGCGACGAAGAGCAGGAUCUCCCGUCUGAUGUCAUCUCAAGAAAAGAACUCCAGAAAGGACGCCUGUCGAAAGACGAGAUAAAAAGGAUGUCUGUGUUUAAGAAUUACGAGCCGGGUGAGCCGACCUGCAGGCUGUAUGUGAAGAACAUCGCCAAGCAAGUGGAAGAGAAAGACCUAAAGUACAUCUACGGGAGAUACAUCGAUCCCUUGUCUGAAACCGAGCGAAAUAUGUUCGACGUGUUGCUAAUGAAGGAGGGCCGCAUGAAAGGGCAGGCCUUUGUCGGACUUCCCAGCGAGCAGAGUGCCGAGAAAGCCCUGCGGGAAACCAACGGCUACGUUCUCUGCGACAAACCCCUCGUGGUUCAAUUUGCUCGAUCCGCCAGGCCAAAGCAAGACGCCGCAGACGCCAAGAAAGGAUCAAAGCAGCGCUAAACUGGCCAGAUGCCAAGGCUUGAUUUUGUGGGCCAGCAGAACCAUUUGUAUCCUUAUUUGAGCAUAUCCUUUGGAAAGAAAAUACCAAAAGAAAAAAAGGGGUCAGUUCUAUUUGUGGAAGAAAGGGAACAUGUUGCAUUGACCUUUUAAGCACAUUGACCUAAAUCUACAAGGACAUUGUGCCAUUGUUUUUCUAGCUCUUUGCGGAAAUGUUGUUUUUAAAAUAUUCUCUACCUCGUUUCACUGAAUUUCAGGUGAUGAUCGUCAGAUGUCCUCUUCAUCUUUUAUUUAAUAAAAAAAUAGUA